AUGUCGCUGGAGCCGCUGCUGCCGCGCACGGUAGCGCGGCUCGUGAACCAUGGCAUGCGGUCCAGGGGCGGCGAGGGCGUGGAGAGGCUCCUGGAGCACAGGGACAAACGAGGUUUCGACACCAGCGGCAAUUGGUGUUUGACGAUCUUCAGUUUCCGUGGCCGUGCGGUUCCCAUCGUCCCUCUGUUGGCAUACUACCUCUACUGCUUGAUCGUCGUCUCGGUCAUAAUGGUCCGCUUUCAGCACAUUUUUGUGGAGUGUCAAGAUUCGUAUUGCUUUCUAGACUCCUUAACGACUCCGGUGUCUAUAGUAGGCAGCGCUCUGUUCUUCUUGUUGGUGUUUCGAACGAACUCGAGCUAUGCUCGUUGGUGGGAGGGCCGCAAGGUGUGGGGCGCGAUCGUGACGACUGCCAGAAACAUGGGCAGGCAUGCUGCCGUGUUCCUCAAUGAUAAGGACCUGGCACUUGACAUCAUACGGUGGGCAGCUGCCUACCCUAUCAUCCUCAAGUCUCACCUGAGGGACGAGAAGGAGCUGCAUGAAGUCGCCUCCAUCCUUCAAGGUGGCCAAAUACAGGAUGUGAUGGCAGCCACGCACAUGCCCAUGCAUGUCAUGCUGCGUAUCUCUGCGGAUAUUCGUGUGAUCGCCGUGCACAAGCUCCUGCCUGAGGCUCAGAUUUAUUACCUGGAUGCAAACUUGGAGGAGUUCAUGGCCCAGCUGGCCUCUGUGGAGUGCAUCAAAAGGACACCAAUGCCGUUUGCGUAUGUUGCUCACCUGAGGACGUUCAUGGUGCUGUGGCUGAUGUCGCUCCCAUUCGUCCUCAUCCACGAUCUGGAGUGGCUCAUCCUCCUGGUGUGUGCCAUAAUCGGCUACGUCAUCAUGGGCAUCGAGGGCAUCGGCGUCGAGAUCGAGAACCCUUUUGGCCGCGAUUACAACGACCUGCCCCUGGACGGCCUGGUUGCGAAGUGCACGGACAACCUCAGGCAGAUGAUGACGUUCGUUGAGGAGCAAAAGGGGCCGCCCGCAGAUGAGCAUCAGGAGGCAAAGCCAGACGCAAAGCAGGAAGUGAAGUCGCAGCCGCUCAAAGGAGCACCAUCGAUUGGUGAAAGUGGCCGCAGUGGCAGUGGCAGCAGCAGCUUGGACUGGGGCCCUGUCGGAUAG